UCCACGUCACCGUUAGGCUUAGGCUGGCUAAAACUAUCUGGAGAAAGAAAACGACACAGCGAUCUAAAGAAUGAUUGAAUUUUAAAAACGAAUUGUACGAAAGAUGUAGAACUAUAAAAACAUUACUGAGAAGACGUUAUCCAGGUUCAACCAUUGACAGUUUGCCUGAUGGAAUUUGCUGCUCUACAAACACCCUUCUUCCACAUUUCAAUUAGUUUUUUCAAGGGAAACAAAUAGUGAUUAUCUGCUUUUAAUCCCGUUUCACUCGAUGCAGUCAGCAAGGCCGCAAAGCCAAGAAGAGCGUUGAUUCGAUCCGGACACACAGCGUUGCGAUGAGAGGGCUUCCGUGAAUGGCCAGCUCAGUAAAUUUGUUUUGAGAGGAGGUAGACAGUAGUGGGCCUUCCAACACUGUCCGUGGAGAUUCCAGCAGGCUAGAAGCCGAAAGGCAAACCCCAUGACUACAUUUACCGCCAAUUUAGAGAGGUAAUCAAUGAAAUAUCCGUGACAUCCGUCAACAGUACAUUAUAAGGAUCAAUAUGGAUCGAAUUUUAUCGUUUACAUUGCCAAUAUAAAUGAUCACGCUUAACAUGCUUGUAUUGCCUGGCGAACCAUUAGGCGAAAUAAGGCGAGCCAGAACGAGCUCUGAGCGCCCUCACUUUGUUUCCCCCCGCUGCCUGAAAGGGACCGUAAACGACGAUGCUCCUGAGAAGAAGGCACGGAAGAACGCUCAGUAGGACUCCCUGCUUUAACUCUGCCAUCAUCCGAGGAUUACAUUCAGACAUGAUGUGAAGAUAACAGUGAUGACUCCCUUGGUCAAAGGUUAAGACCUUUUCAAUGGAUUAAGUGCUUCCGGGUCAUGGUAAGCCUGUGGCAGACGACCAAGUGCUGUGCGCGGGAAACUUGGCUCUGCUGUGUGUGAGUAUUGAUUGAGAAAGGCAGUUAGGAGAAGAUGGGCAACAGCAUGGCUUGAGAGGAGGGGUAUGCACUAUGCAGACGGAGUUGGGGGCACAGGAGAACGAGCAAAGACCGAUCAAGCAGUCUUUCUGUGGAUCCCUCCGCCGAGAUGCCCACUGGAAAUGUCUCAUUCUAACCCUCCUCAUCUACGGGUGUCUGUCCGCCAUAGCCUGGUGUAGACUAGCUGUCGUCAAGCGAGUCAUACAGGAGUACUACUCGUUCAGCCGGAGCCACAUCGACAGGACCAGCCCCUGCAACGACGGCUACAUCUACAUCCCCGUGGCCUUCGUCAUCAUGCUGUACCUGGUUUACCUGGUGGAGUGCUGGCAUAGCCACACACGGAUAGAGCUCCAGUACAAGGUGGAUAUAAAUUCUGUGUACGAUAAGGUCCUGCAGAUGAAAGAUGCUAUUCCCAUUAUAUGGUGGAAGGCUAUUUGUUACCACUACGUCAGGAGGACCCGGCAAGUAACGAGAUAUCGCAACGGGGACGCCUUCACGUCGACACAGGUUUAUUAUGAAAGAGUGAAUUCGUGUACCGCAGGGUCUGCGUUUAAUUUUACCCAUUGUGGAGUGAAGGAUAUAUCAAAGUCGCUCGUUGGGUUAGAAGAAUACCCAGCCACAAAGAUCAGAUUCACAAAAGGCUUCUCUUUUUCAACUAUAGAAUCUGAGUGUGAGUUUGAGGAUCAGAGAGCUCAGUUCUUUCAGGAGUACGAAUCCAGAGACGACUACAUGGAAGGAAGGGAAGGGAUGGAUCUACUCAAUGUCAACUUCAAAGAAUACAUGAUUGCAUUCGCUGACCCAGAUAAUCUGCCUUGGUAUGUGUCCCAUGUGAUAUUCUGGCUGGGAUCCUUUCUUCUUCUUUCUUGGCCUUUGCGUGUGAUUAUUGAAUACAAAACAGCCCAUUUACAUUAUCAUGUUCACAAGUUGUUUGGGACUAAUUUAGUUAAUCAGCCAAACCCGAUAUCUAGAGUGAGCACAAUGAACAGCACAGACCUAGAGAUGAAUAUACGUAAUAACAACGCUAUUGUGCCCAGCUAUUCGGAAGCAAUGCUUCUCGAGCCGUCUUUACAAAGGUUCACAUCCGAUGCAAAUGGGAAUAUCAGUUCGUCAGGAUCAGCGACGCCAAGGAGUUUAACGUUCUCCGCAUUACCGCCUUCAAGGAGUAGUGGCUUCAUUCGUGCUUUUUUCUCUCGUGAUGUCCUGUCGAACGUUCGGAGAUACAACAGCUGUACGGCGAUUACCGGAAAUACAAGAGUGGUUAAUCGAGCAGACGAUAAUCUGUCCGGAAAUGAGGACGAUGACAUCAACAAUUCCGGCUCAAACCGAAGGAGACGGAGACGAAAGAGGCGAAAGCGUCCUACAAGUUCAAUCACAUUUGCUCCUGCUAUGCGUAACACAGUACUUCCACCCACCCCAGAAACACCCGAUGAUCACAUCAUUACGAUGCAACCGUCUGCGUCUUCCGUCUCAAUGUCAAGGUUAAGUAGCCGAGGUGGUCUUAACGACAAUCCGUCAUUCGUCCAGGACAGUCCACGUCACGUGACAAAUAAUUCCGUUAAUGCGGACAGGCCACCAGCUAGCCCGGUGUCCGCAAACCGUACCAGGGGUGUUAGACCAUUACCACACAGUCACUCUUAUGACAAUCCUAUGAUGUACAGUGUUGAUCAGAUCGACACUGAUGAUAUGCAAACCUCGGGGACUGGGGACGACGAACCUCCACCGCCUCGCUACGAGGAAGCCCUACAGAUGCAAAGGGUAAACGAUGCAGACCCGUCCCGACACCCAGAUGGGGAGGGGGCAGCCGGACAGGAACAUCGCCGUCUUCUGUCCCCCAACACAGCACAAAGACAUUACCGGACAAUACACUGCAUGGAAACGUCGCUGUGAGCUACACAGACUACAGUGAUGCACGGUACACUUCGGUUGUAACGAAGUCGAAUCAACAAUAUUCAUGUCUAUGAUUUCAGUUUUAAGAAGUAUUUGGAAUGAAUAACCAGUUUCUGGUACUGUGGAAACUGUUUUCUUUCAGGUGUAACUGACACUUUCUGCAAACUAUACCUCCGCAAGACGUAGUUUCAGUGCAGCCACAAGUCAAGCAAGUGAACAGCAAGAUCAUACAAAACCCAUAGAUCCACAACCACAACAAAUAGAGUAACAAGUAUUGAUGCAGGCCCAUCACUUGCUCGAUAAAGGUAACAGCAUCUUCACCAAAACAUAGCAAUGAAAUAAAACAGAAGCUGAAGUGGUCUUCGUCAGUUACACAACCUGAAGUCAUUCUGUGACUGACCAUCUUUAUGGUAUGAAGAUUGAUCAAGAUGCUGUUAUAUAUAUAUACACACACACACACACACACACACACACACACACACACACACACA